GCAAUUACAUUUUGUGUUAUGGCGUGUUGGAAGCUUAUUCAGUAAAGUAACCUAUUUUGUAUGUAAACAAACUUCGUUAAAAAUUGUAUUGGUCAUCGAAUAUAAGUUAUUAAUGGAUUAAAUAUAACAAAGUAUGAAUAUAAAUAUAAUAUGAGUUCCAGCGGCUUGAAAGUGUUAAAGAAAAAUAAUUCUUGCCCACAAAAGGUACGAUGCCAAAAAUGUCUGGAAAUGGGACAUUGGAGUUAUGAAUGUAAGGGAAAACGAAAAUAUUUACAUAGAUCUUCACGUACAUCGCAAUUGAAGAGAGCCUUACAGAAGCAGCAAGAAUCUAAUGGUGAAGAGCAGAAAAAAGAAGUGAAGAAAAGUCGUUUACAAAAAAAAAUGAAAGAAGAACCUAAUAGUUCUAGUAAUACAAAUUCUAGUGCUGAUAGCAGUAGUUCCAGUAGUAGUAACGAUAGCAGCAGUAGUAGUUCAUCUUCGGACAGUGAAUCAGAUUCUAGUGAUAGCGUUUCCAGUAGCAGUGGUAGCAGCAGCAGUAGUAGUAGCAGCAGCAAUAGUAGCAGUAGUAAAAAUAGCAAUCAUUCUAACAAUUUUCUAUUUUCAAAAAGACAUUCUAAAUAAAAAAUUUUAGAUAAAAAAUAAAAAACCUUAUGAUAAAUAUAUUCAUUUUUUAAAUAUUUAUGAAGUACUCUCUUUUUCUUUGGUGAUUCAAAUAUAAUAAAUGUAUGUACAAUAAUUUCAUUGUAAAAAAUUGAGAUAUCUAAAGUACUUAUAUGUAACAUAUAUUUUAAAUAAUAAUUUAUAUAUCGCGGCUUGUAAUAGAA